CAUUUUUACUCCUACCUUAGCUUCGCUCUCUAGUCAACUUUUGCUCAAUUCAUACUAACACGUACUGAUAUCUUUUCUUCUAAGCCUCUUUUCCCAAUCAAAAACUUGUCAUAAGAUUUUUGAAUAGUUAGGCUCCAAAUUUUGCAAGUUCUACUUCUUUUUUGGUCCAAUUGAUUGCAGAGUUGAAUCUGUUUCUGGGUAUAGUUUACAGAGUCAAAGUUGUUUGUUCAAUUCAAUCGAAUUUUAUUUUGGGAUAAAAAACUGAGGGGGUGGGUAAAGGGCGUUCUAUCUUCACUGGAAAAAACAACUUUUUAUAUUUCAAAGACAAUGAUUCUGCCAUUCGGCGGGUGCAUUCUGUGGAAAUUAUGCUCGGUUCUUGAUAAAAAAUCUAGUGUUGAUAAAAGCUUUUAUUUUUGGAUUUUCCAGAUUUUUAAUACAUACAGCCUCGGCACUUAGCGGCAGAUUUCUCAGAACUUUUGGCUCUGUUUUUUUUGUUCUAUUUUCACCUUUUUAAAAAAAAAUUAUUAUUAUUUCAUUUCCUUAAAUUUCUAAACCGGGGACUGAGAUAAUGGGAGGGGCUUCACUGCCACCAGGUUUUCGGUUCCAUCCCACUGACGAAGAACUGAUAGGUUAUUACUUGAAAAGAAAAACUGAAGGCCUUGAAAUUGAGCUUGAAGUGAUUCCUGUGAUCGAUUUGUACAAGUUUGAUCCUUGGGACUUACCAGAGAAGUCGUUCCUUCCGAAACGAGAUUUGGAAUGGUUCUUUUUUUGUCCCAGGGAUCGAAAGUACCCGAAUGGUUCGAGAACGAACCGAGCCACCAAAGCUGGCUACUGGAAAGCUACCGGGAAAGACAGGAAAGUGGUGUGUCAAUCUGAUGUGACUGGUUACCGUAAGACCCUAGUUUUCUACCGUGGACGUGCCCCUUUAGGGGAUCGAACGGAUUGGAUCAUGCAUGAGUAUCGCCUCUCCGAUGAGCCUUCUCAAGGAUCAACUAAUCAGGGUGCUUUUGCCUUGUGCCGUGUUGUGAAAAGGAAUGAGCCAAAAGCAAGUGAUGCUCGAGGAGAACCAAAAGCCACUAAGGUCGGAAGCAGUUCGACCAAUGUCAUACUUCCUGUACCAAGGACCUGUAAUUCUGGUAACAUUUCUUGUCAAGCAAGUUACCCUAACAGAGAGAGCCAUUACACUUCUAGUGAAGUCAUGCGAGUGCCACCAUUUGAGCCUGUUUCUGUCAAUAGCGAUCCACGCGGUGUUUGGGUCUCACCUGAUCUAAUUCUUGAUUCUUCAAAGGACUAUCCGCAAACAUGUGAAUCAACAGCCCAAUACUUCCCACAGUAUGAGUUUCCGAGCUCACUGACACCGUGGCAGCAAUAUGAACAGAUUGACUUCUCCCCUAGUUCAUCCUACUCAAAUUUCGGGGAAAUCGAACAUGAUGAUCUCAGUCGCAUUGGCUACAUGUCACCUUACUCAGGACAUGCAAAUUACAUGGACUUCUAUGGCAAUGAAGGCAAUGACCAGACUGGUUUAUUCAACUACAUGAACCCUUUCUGAGAAAAAGGAAGGAAGAUCAUGGUAGCUCUUCUUUUUCAGUGAAGGGUAUGAAACUUUAAUCCAAGCUCCAGUUUGCAGGGGAGCUAGUGGAGAUGGGAAUUUGUUGAUUGUGAUGUAGGAUGGUCCCUACUGGUAUGACUAAUGAAUGAAAUUAUGACAAUGCCAAGUUUGUCUCGAAGGGAUCUCUAAGACGACGCCUUUUAACGUUUGUUCUCGGAGUAAUAAACGAUAAAAACAACCCCUUCACCGAUGUCAGAUUCCAUUAAGGUUGCUGUGUGUUUGUUGUAUUUUUGUACUGGGAACUGCAAUGCUAGCUGCUAAGUGUUUUGUUUUUAUCAGUUUCUGGUUCAUGUUCAAAUGAUCUCUUGGGGUAAUCAUUUUUAACGAUUGCAUCUGGAGCUGGUUUGAUGACAAAUGAACUAUCUAUGUUGCCUACGAAAAUAAAAUAAGCUUUCUUUCUAUGGAAA